UGAGGAGGCAGCACUCACAAUAACACGAGCAGCAGAGAGCUCGCGCUGUCACAUCCAGUCUGUUUUUGUUGAUACCGUCAGCAGCCGCACACGAGGGAGACACUGUAUAUAAUUGAGUACUUUAUGCUUAUUUAAACAGUAACAAGAAUACAGUCGUGUUGGGAAUACACUGUACAUUAAAAUGGGAAGACUUGGACAUUUAUUUAUAGUUUUAUUCUUUCACAUGACAUUUGGUUUGGAUUUCAAAGUGGGUCAAGGAUCCAAUAACGCGCACCGGGUGCAUGUAAGGACUGCUGUUUCGGAAUCGGAUGCUGAUAUUGCUCUACCCCAUCAUCAUAUUCAGAAAAGAAGCGAUGAUCUUGGAUCAGGUUCCUGUAAUAGUCUGGAGGGAUAUGAUACCAAAUUAAACAGCAACACGCACAACUGGACUUUCCCUGAUAUCAGUGGCUCGGUGUCUCUGGCCUGGGUAGGAGAUGGAACUGGGAUUGUGCUGGCCUUGACGACAUUUCAGGUGCCAUUUGUCUUCCUGAGAUUCGGUCAGUCUAAACUUUAUAGGAGUGAAAACUACGGAAAGUCAUUUCAGGAUGUUACAGAACUAAUCAACAACACGUUUAUCAACACUGACUUUGGGAUUGCUAUCAGUCCUGACAAUUCUGGAAAGGUUAUCCUCACGGGAGAUGCAUCCGGAGGCAGCAGUGCCAAAAUUUUCCGUUCAAAAGACUUUGGGAAGACAUUUAUCCACACAGAAUUGCCCUUCCACCCACUGAUGCAGAUAAUGUACUACCCUAAAAACUCUGAUGUGCUUGUCGCCAUCAGCAACAAUAAUGAUCUCUGGAUCUCUAAAGACUUUGGUGCAACCUGGAUGAAAAUUCAUGAGAUGGUGUGUGUGGUUAAAUGGGGAAUAGAUACGCUGUUCUUCUCUGCCAAUCUUAAUGGAUCCUGUUAUGAUAGAGGGAUGCUGGUCCUGAGGAGGUCAGUUGAUCUUGGCAACAACAUAAAGACAGUUGCAGAGAGGAUCUACUCCUUUGGGAUCGGUGGACGCUUCCUGUUCGCUUCGGUUAUGACUGGAAAUGUAAUGGAGUCAGCACCAGAGGAGAUGGUGCGUUCAAUUCAUGUGUCAGGAGAUCAAGGUGAUUCAUGGAACAUGGCCCAACUUCCUCCUGUCGGUCAUGAACAGUUCUACUCUAUACUGGCAGGAAAUGAUGAAAUGGUUUUCAUGCAUGUGGAUGAACCAGGAGACACUGGGUUUGGCACCAUCUAUGUGUCAGAUGACAGGGGCACUGUAUAUUCGAAGUCUCUAGAGCGCCACCUUUAUACGACCACAGGAAGCAACACAGAUUUCACAAACAUCACUUCACUCAGAGGAGUUUUCACUACUAGUGUCCUGGUUGAGGAUGGCUCGGUGCAGACGGUAAUAACAUUUGAUCAGGGUGGAGAAUGGGUUCCUUUGAAGAAACCGGAGAAUACCAAGUGUGAUUCCACAUCCAAAGAUAAAGAUUUGUGUAGUUUGCAUAUCCAUGCCUCAUACAGCACCUCCUUGAAGCUAAAUGUUCCCAUGCUGCCUCUCAGUGAACCCAAUGCUGUGGGACUCAUCUUGGCUCAUGGCAGUGUUGGUGAUGCGAUAUCGGUGUUGACUCCUGACGUGUAUGUAUCUGAUGAUGGUGGCUACACCUGGCUGCUAGCUCUGAAGGGUCCACACCACUAUGCGAUUCUGGACUCAGGAGGCCUGUUGGUGGCCGUGGAGCACAAUACAGCAACACCCAUUUCUGAGAUUAAGUUUUCUACUGAUGAGGGGCAAUGUUGGCACAUUUAUAAGUUUACCCAAACACCGAUGUACUUCACAGGUCUGGCCUCAGAGCCUGGCGCCCGCUCAGUGAAUGUCAGUCUAUGGGGUUAUGAAGAUGCUAUGAUCAGCCACUGGGUAACUUACACCAUCGACUUUAGAGACCUGCUGACUCGUGACUGCACCGAAAGUGAUUAUGUCCAGUGGCUGGCGCACUCUGAUGACAUCAGCGACCCAGAAGAUGGCUGUAUGCUAGGUUAUAAAGAGCAUUUCCUGCGUGUGAAAAAGGACUCAGUUUGCUGGAUUGGCAGGGAAUAUGUAGUCAACAAGCAGCACACACCGUGUCUCUGCACACUGGAUGACUUCCUGUGUGACUUUGGAUACUACCGUAACGAGAGCAGCUCAGAAUGUAUUGAACAGGCGGAUCUCAAAGGCCAUGAUUUGGAUAUUUGCAUCAAUGGCGAAAAGGAACAGCUACAGACCAGCGGGUACCGGAAGAUUCCGGGUGAUAAAUGUGAGGGAGGGAAACAACCAGAAAGAAAGGAAAUUGACCUGAGAAAGAAAUGCGUCAGCAAUCUGCUGGACCCUCAACAGCUGACAGAUAAACCUACCUCACAUAUUGCCCCUAUCAUUGCCAUCGUCACAGCCUUCCUGCUGAUCAGUAUAUUGUUUGGGGCUCUGUUUGUGAAGAAGUAUGUCUGUGGUGGAAGGUUCCUGGUGCACAGAUACUCCGUUUUACAGCAUAAUGUGGAAGCCAGUGGCAUAGAUGAGCCACUGGAAACAGAUGUGGUUGGAAUACCUAAAAGCGAUUUCCAUGAUGACUCAGAUGAGGACCUUCUGGAGUAAAGCUGAGCAUUAGAGUGAGCAGAAGGAGCUACAUUUUUGUCAUUCAGGCAUAAUUGCUGCUGUCUCCUCCCUACUAAAGCACAAACCAGCUGUCAUCUUUUUCAAAUUUAAUCUACCAGCUAACGUCAUGCACUUUCUGCUUUUCCACCAAAGGGAGGGAACCUUAUUGCUUCAACGAUAGGUGGGGAUUAUAUUUUCAUGAACAAAGUGUCUUUGAAUGUAUUUCUAAUUAUACUGGUAAAAUCCUCUGAAGCAGAUAGACAAUGUUUAAGUUAAUGCUUGAAAGUCUAAAUUAUUUUCUUUGGCAUUUGGAGAUUUUGGGCUUGAUUUGAAGGAUAAAACUUAUUUUUGAUAUGACUGUCAAUGGGUUACUUGUAGGUAAUACACUUGCUGUUCUUUUUAUGUACAAAUUAGGUCUAUACAUAUAGGCAAUUCUCACAGAGAUAUAAGAAUUUGAAAUGGCUUGGUUCUGCAGAAGAGGCAAAUCUAUAAUAAGGAUACAGUGCAAAUUAAUCAUAUCACACUUACAUGUUAUUUAAGCAUGUAAACUUGAGUCUUAGAGAUAUUCAAUUUGAAAUACUGUACUACUGAAUCCCAACUGUUCAUUACAUUUUUAUUACCAUUAUUUUAGAAAUACCUGCUGUCAGAACAUUAGGAUAAUGCCCACUUUCCUGAAAGCCAUCAGGUACAUUAAUGAAUAUAGCAAUAAAAUCCAGAGAAACAGCCAGUUGCAGGUAUAUAUUAAUAAUAUUUGGCCUCACAACAAAGCAAUAUUUCUAAUUUAAGAUUUAUGAACAUACUUUACCUGAAACUGUGAAGAAAUAUUUUAGGCUGUUAAAUUAUGUGACAAAAAUAAAUGUAGAACAUGGAGAGAAUUUUAAUCUUACACUCCUUGUGGUCAUUUUGCAAAUAAGCUACUGUACACUUUCAAUGGAUUUAAUACAUGAGAAGAUCAAUUAAAUUAUUUUAAUAAUAACAAUAUUUUUUAUUAAAGUAACAUCAUUAAAGCAAUGAUGCAGAUGCAUGCAAAAACAAAAUGCAGUUGUAGUUUGUGUACAACCAAAUCAAAGUUUUGUAUUUGAUAAAAUAAUUUUAUUUGCUAGCUAUAUUUUCCUGUUUCUCUGUUCUUGUUUUGACCACGGAAAGUCCCAUGUUAUUAAGUAAAUGUGUGACAUUCUUUUUUGCACAGAGACACCUAAAAUCUGACUACGUGUUUGUGUAGCUUAGUCGCAAUAAUUUUGCAUGUUAUUUUCAUUUGUAUGCAGCAAACUUCAACAAAGCUCCAUUUAAGAGGAAAGAACAGAUGCAAUGAUCUAAACUCUUUGAUAAUUUAAUUUAAUUUAAUUUGGAAUAUUCAUAGCAACCUUUCAUUGGUCAUUUCUGUUUGCAUAGAUGUUUCAAGACUGAUGCAAGCAUAUUUUCUAGGAUGUGUGUAUUUAAAUAGCAGCUCCACUCUGAAAAUGACAUUUAAAUUGGAGUAAAUUUUUCAAAAUUUCUAGUAGUUGUUUACUUCUUUAGUUACACAUACCUAAGUAAAAAUCUCAUGUUUUCUCAGAGGAAGACAAUCUCAUUUGCAAAGAUUAUGGGUUAUAAAGUGUUUUAUAGUUUUGCUCUAGGUGUAAAAACCUUAAGGUUAAGUGUAUGUGUUCAUUCAAGUGCCUAGCUUGGAGGCAGUUUGUGCCUUUCAAUGAAAUGUCAAGCUCAUCUUCUGAAAGAAUUACCAGAGUUGGUAACAUGAGCUUUGACAAACAGUUAAUCUAUAAGUUGUUAAUAAAUACUGGUAACAAACAUACCCGUAAUUGAGAUUUAGGUAAUAUUGCCUUUACUGAAUACUCUUGCUAAAUUGCAGAAAAAUAAGUUUAAUCCUGUUUCUCCACGCUUUGGGUAUUAAUAGUAAUAAUGGUUACAACACAACUGAAGCGUAGAGCUGAACAAUUUCAGUUGUGACAGCAUUUUUAUUUAUGAGAGGUGUAACACUUUUCUUGCUGUGCAAAAUCAGUGUACAUUGUAGUUGUGAAGAUCUGUAAAUACAGCUAUUUCGACUUUUUAUCUGUUUUAUUUGCUCUGUAUAUUUGGAACUGAACUGUUUGUUUGAGAAAUAAAUUGAUUUGUCCCAUUGAA